AUGCCUUUGCGCUUACUGCGGCCUGAGCCGCCCACGCCUCCCCCGACCACCACCCUGUCCCCACCUCCGGCCCUGCCCCUCUCACCACCACCUUCUAUCGUCAACUCCAGCGAGAUCCUGGUAGAGCUAGAGCGCAACAACAACACCACUAACACACUGCGCAAGGCCCCUGCAGAAGGCGACAGCGAGCCCAACCUGAUCGACUGUCUACUGGUCAGUCCCGCGCUCAACGCCCUGUCCAUUCAGCUGCCUGCCCACGCCGACAGAGUGCUGGGAUAUCUGUUUUUUUUGUUUCGUAACAGAGAGCUGAAAUAUGUUAUUCAGAGGUUUGCUGAAGAUCCCAGACAAGAGGUCCACUCCUGUUUGCUCAGCGUACGCUCUGGAAAAGAUGGGUGGUUCCAGCUCUACAGUCCAGGAGGCGUAGCUUGCGACGAUGACGGAGAGCUGUUUGCUAGCAUGGUCCACAUCCUCAUGGGCUCCUGCUACAAGACGAAGAAAUUUCUCCUGUCCCUGGCUGAAAAUAAACUGGGACCCUGCAUGCUCUUGGCCCUGCGGGGGAACCAGACCAUGGUGGAG